CACCCCAAACAAAAAGGCAAAAGCAAAUAAGUAAUUUGCCAAGAGAGAAAGGCCGCUAUCUUAACCAAAAUAACCGAAUUUUCAUGGAGUCACAAAAUAGAAUCACAGUUGAAUCGCAAGAGGAAUGGACAGAAGAUGAACUAGUAGAAUUUGAGGGAGUAGGAACAAGGCUUCUCAGUGAAAUUCUCAGAUGGCAUAAGGAUGCUGCAAGAAACCUUAGAAUA